GAUAGGAGAGGACACUGGGGGAGUAAUGAUUAGGUGGCUGUCAGUUAGAUUAUCAUCAUUGCUCGUGUUGUCUCGAAGUCAUGCCACGCUCCAUGAUGCUGUCGUUGCUGAUAAUUCUGCUGCUGAACAGUCAAGAGAGUCUUGGACGUAGAGGACGUACCAGAGGCAAAACUAGGUCGCGUCUCCAGAUAGGUCUGCCAAUAACAGGGAAAUACCGUGAUCCAGAGAGUGAUCAGUACUACAACAACAACAAUGGUGCAAAGAUACUGUUGGCGUCGCACUUCGACUUGGAGUACGUUUUGGGCCACAAGAUCGCCUUUCUCUGUGUUGCACGUGGAAAUCCACGACCGCACAUCACAUGGUUCAAGGACGGCGCUGAGAUUUACAGUCAUCAUUACCUGCAUGUACACGAAUGGCAAAUGGGACCGGAUAAAGUGAAAUCGAAGCUAGAGAUCGAUCCUGCGACUCAAAUGGAUGCCGGGGUGUACGAGUGCUCCGCCGAUAAUAUGUACAGUAUCGAUCGUAGAUCCUUCAAAACUGACUUUUCCAUCGCUUUCGAUUAACUUUACGUUUUCUCCAGUAAUUAUAGACCAACUGUUUAAAACUAUGGCACAAUUCUUAGAAUGUAUAGCUUCUGUACUCUGAGUUGGGUAAUAAAUGCAGUUUAUA